AUGCUCUCGUUCCGCUCCUCCGCUGCCCUGGCCGCAGUCAGAGGCUGUCGGCUUGCGAAGGGCCCUCUACGAUCUAGCCUUCGCCUGCCACGAGCAGUCGUCCCAGCAGCAGCUGCCCAAGUGUCCGAGCCAUGGCGACGACACUUUGCAUCUCCUGCUGACUCCUCCCUCACCACACGCUCAACUGUCAUCCAACUGCUCAGCAACAUUGGCUCGAAGCGGGAGGUGCAGCAAUACCUGAGCCACUUCUCCUCCGUUUCGUCACAACAAUUCGCUGUCAUUAAAGUGGGUGGAGCCAUUAUUACGGAACAUCUCGAGGCUCUGGUCUCUGCGCUGGCGUUUUUGGCACAGAUUGGGCUAUAUCCUGUGGUCGUACAUGGGGCGGGUCCGCAGCUAAACAAGAUACUGGAGGACGCAGGGGUCGAACCACAAUUUGAAGGAGGCAUACGAAUAACGGAUGGAAAGACACUGGGGAUCGCAAGAUCUUUGUUCCUCCAAGAAAAUUUAAAGCUUGUUGAAGAGUUGGAGAAUGUCGGUGUCCGCGCAAGGCCCAUCACAUCCGGUGUUUUCGGUGCGGAAUUUCUUGACAAGGAAAAGUACGAUUUGGUCGGAAAGAUAACUAGCGUGGACAAGAACCCGAUAGAGGCCAGCAUCAGGGCGGGCUGUCUACCUAUAAUGACCUCGAUGAGUGAGACUUCUGAUGGCCAGGUUCUCAAUGUGAACGCAGAUGUUGCAGCAGGAGAAUUGGCACGGGCAUUGCAACCGCUAAAGAUCGUAUAUUUGAGUGAGAAAGGCGGCUUAUUCAAUGGUGACACCAAAGAAAAGAUAUCCGCCAUCAACCUAGAUGAGGAAUACGAAGAUUUGAUGUCAGGGAGGCACUGGUGGGUACGUCACGGUACCAGGCUGAAGAUCAAGGAGAUGAACGACCUGCUGGCUGACCUCCCUCGAACUUCGAGCGUUGCCAUCAUCCAUCCAUCGGACCUCCAAAAAGAAUUGUUCACGGACACUGGUGCUGGAACACUGAUAAGAAGAGGCAACAAAGUUCACGUCAACACCAAGCUCUCUCAAUUUGAAGACCUCGAAGCCUUCAAGAAGGUUCUUGUGAGGGACCGAGAAGCACUUGAUGCAGCCGCGACCGUCGAUAGAUACGUACAGCAUCUGGACCAGCGAGACUUCAAGGCAUACUUCGAUGAGCCUAUGGAAGCUCUCGCUAUCGUUCUUCCCCCACAAGGAGGAGCCUCAAUGGCCCAGCUCGCCACAUUCACCAUAACGAAGGCCGGAUGGUUAACCAACGUGGCAGACAACGUCUUCGCUGCGCUGCUCAGAGAUAAUCCUAAGCUGGUUUGGACUGUGAAAAGUGACGACGAGAACUUGACGUGGUUCUUUGAUAAAGCCGAAGGCAGCCUUUCGCGUGAGGGGGAAGUACUCUUUUGGACAGGCAUUGAGACCGGCGACGAGGUAAUGAAAUUGAUGCUAGAAUUUGGGAGAUCAGGCAGGGAGCUCUUUGGAGAUGUAAAUCUUGAGAACAGGCUUCAGAAAGCCGCCAGGAAUAUCCCACAACAGCAACAAAUGAGGGCUUAUUCCACAACAAGUCGUUCAUCGAACGCUCUGCGAGAUUCGCGGCAUUCCCGGAGAACACCCUUGAUGCCUUUUACACGAUCAUACGCUACUCAAACCACGAAUCCAAACCCUCCCUUUGGUACCAAGAACAAUUCCAAUCAAACGCCAUCAAAAGUUGCCCUUAUCGGUGCCAGAGGUUACACGGGGCAAGCCUUGAUCAACCUACUCAACUUGCACCCCUAUAUGGACCUACGGAGUGUCUCAUCUCGUGAGCUUGCCGGAAGGCCACUGGUGGGAUACGAAAAGCGAGAUAUCACUUACGAGAAUUUAUCGCAUGAGGAUGUCAAAAAGAUGACAGAUAUCGACGUGUGGGUUAUGGCCCUUCCCAACGGAGUCGCGAAGCCUUGGAUAGAUUCCAUCGAAGAAGCCAACGGCAACAGUUUAAUCAUCGAUCUGAGCGCGGAUUAUCGGUUCAAUCCUAACUGGACAUAUGGCUUGCCAGAACUGGUGGACCGCUCGACCAUUGCUAGAGCCAAGCGAAUCUCAAAUCCCGGUUGUUAUGCGACUGCUGCGCAAUUAGGCAUAGCUCCUCUCCUCCCUUAUAUUGCCAAGGAACCAGCCGGCCCAACGAUUUUUGGCGUAUCUGGCUACUCUGGCGCUGGAACGAAGCCGAGUCCAAAGAAUGACGUAGAGAAUUUGACCAACAAUAUUAUACCGUACAGCUUGACAGAUCACGUCCACGAGCGAGAGAUCUCGGAGCAACUUGGAUGUUCUGUGUCAUUCAUUCCUCACGUGGCUGUUUGGUUCCAAGGCAUUCAUCAUUCCAUUAACAUCCCACUAACAAAGACCUUUACCUCCCGGGAUAUCCGAAACCUCUACCAGGAGAGAUACGAGGGGGAAUCGCUCGUAAAGGUCGUAGGCGAAUCUCCCUCUGUGAAGACGAUCGCAGGUAGUCACGGGGUCGAAAUCGGCGGCUUUGGUGUACAUUCUAGCGGCAAGAGAGUAGUGAUCAACGCCACUAUUGACAAUCUGCUGAAAGGCGCAGCUACGCAGGCUCUUCAAAAUAUCAACCUUGCCAGAGGAUAUUCAGAAUAUGAAGGCAUUCCGCUUUGUGAGUCCGAUCGCGGCGGGAAUAUGAAGUUCUAG